UUCCUGAGUCAGUCCUCGGUGAGAGAGCCGUGAGAGAGGAUCAUGCGGCGGACAAACUUUCCUUCCCACUUUCAUCAUCAUCGUCGUUAUACUAUAAAUCCAACCAAACCCAGCUGAGGAAUAAUGUCAGCGAACAACACCACGGCGACAGUAGACUACACCUUCGUGCGCUUUUGCGUGUCCACCGUCUCCUUUUCGGUGCUUCUCUUCUUCAACCUCAUCAUCAACUGGACCAUAGUACGCGAGGAGCGGCUCCGGUGUCAUGCCCGCUUCGUGCUGGUCUUCCACCUGCUGGUGUCCGCUCUCGUUUACCUGGGCAUGAGCAGCAUCUUCUACUACCAGGAUCACCUGAACGCACAGCCGAGCCGCACCGCCUGCCUGGUCAUGAUUACUGUUUUGAUCAGCAGCGCGUCCAACAUCCUCCUGACGCUCACGGCGAUGGCUUUGGAUCGUUACUGCGCCGUGUGCCACCCGAUGCGCUACACCGCCACCUGCACCGCGGGGAACUGGCCCUGGCUGCUGGGUGUGCUCACCUGGAUGGUGGCUUUGGUCAUUCCCCUCUCUCUGCUCCUCCACACGGACCCCGACGACAACAGAGCCGACAGCUACUACGAAAAGUGUGGCCCGGAUAAGCUGAGGAAAGGCGGGCUACAGAAGGUGUUGUUCAUUGGUUUGUGCACGGUGCUGAUACUGUACAGCUAUGUGAGGAUACUAGUGGAGGGUCGGCGGUUGGGGGUGCUCAAUCGCCGCAACCGGGCCGGGUGCAGGACGAUUGCCCUUCACGGCACCCAACUGGCUGUUUACAUCCUCCCCAACUUUGUGAACUUCGUGCUGUCGAUGCUAUACGCGCGGAAGUUAAUUCAUACAGAGACCAAAGAGCUCUCAGCCGUAGUCAUCUUCGCUUUCUUCAGCCUGGCGCAAUGUGUUGCGCCAGUUGUAUACGGUUUGCGUAAAGAGGAACUUAUGGAGCAGCUGAGUCACAGGUUCCCCUGCUGUUCCCGAUAUUUGAAGAGUGUCCUCGGCUGGACUGUGCGAGCCAGCUGGCAACACCCUCACCACAGAGCACGAGAGCGAACACUGACAGCCCAGACGAUCAUCUCCCUAGAGGUCUCGCAAGCCCCAGCGGAGGAACAGGAAACAACACCGGUGUCAGUUAGGAGCUCCUCACAUGACUCACACUCAUGUCAAGGUGAUACGAACAGUGCCUGAUGGGAAAAAAAAACAAACAGGUCAAUGUUAGAAUCCUGUCACUGGAACAUUUGGAUAAGCGGCUGGUUUCCACAGCUCAGGCCUGAAAAGAACUCAAGGAAUCUCCUGGGACUUCAUGAUACCAGCCAGUUAGGUUUAAUCCUGGCUGGAGAAGGUUUGGACCAGAAUGUGCUGUAACAUGGGACGUGAGCAUGUUUAUGAUUUGCUCUAUUUUUGACUUCUGGUCUCGUGAGCAAGCGUGCGGAUUCAUGGUUGAGCCGCUCAGCGACCGACAGCACAAGGCACUGUGGUUUCCAAAGAAGUGGGCAGUUCUCUUAGUGUAAAUUUUCCUGGCUGGCCCAGGGUUUUAAGCAUCAUUUGGGAUUAAAAUGACUGGGAUGGAGGAUAUACUUUCACAUAUCGUCUGGUGAAUGUUGUUUCCGUGUGCUCCCAAACUUGUGGAUAUUAAAAAUUUUGUGUUUGAA